AUGGAUCACUUCUUGCAAGGGAGAGAAGAAGAUGUGACCUUUAGGCAGCUUGGAGAUCUGUUUGGGUUCACUAUGGAGAGGGAACCAUGGAACAUCAAGGAAGAAGAACUCCAAAGGGUUUGGGCUACAAUCGCUGAUGGAGUAUACUCUUCCUCAAGGUCCAAGGCUGCUCAGAUCAGGAAGCCCACCCAUCAUCUCACGCACAAGGAUGGGAAGAAGAUCAGAGGAGAUAGAAUCGCAGGGAAUCUCAUGCCUCUCCUUGACAGCUCUCUCCUACAAGACAAGCUUACAACACUAGGCAAAAGGGAAGGAAGCUUAGUGUUGGAGGGGUCAUCACACCAAUUCUGUGCAGCAGGAGUUCAAGUGGACAAGAGAAGGUCUACUCCAGCCAGGUUGGAUGGACAUCAAGUUUUGCAAGACCAACCUCCUCAUUGA